AUGUACUAUUUUAUGGUAUUGACUUUACAGGACACAAGUAGCUGGAUUUAUGGCUGUAUGAACAGUAAUUCAUCAAUGUGCCUGGAAGCUACUGAUUUAUCCUGGAGAGCUGAGCUACUUCCAACCACCAAGGUUGUAAUAAUGAAACUUCAAGACUAUCCUUCUUUGUCCCAUGCUGUCAUUCAGGUCCCACCCACUGUCAGCAAUAAGUAUACUUUGGACUGUGAGUUCUUCAAAGAAGAUGCCAGAACAGUACAGCUUCCUGUAACACAUCUUUUUUCAUUUGGGCUUUCUUCAAGCAAGGUUCUAUUAAAUUCAACUGGCUUACUUUACAAAAUACAGCUCCAGCACUUCAACCAAAUAUAUCAAGCUUUCAAAAUUUAUAUAGAGAGCCAUUGCCAGUCACUCAAAGAAAGAAAACCUAGUGUUUACAGACUUCAUAUACCUUGGUCACAUGAAGACUCAAUAACUGUAGCAAAAGUUCCGUCUUUUACUGAGAUUUCUGCAAAACUGCAUAUUGCUCAGCCUCAAAAUGACGACAGGGUUCCAGAGUUAAAUAUUUACUCUUCCUCAGACUGUCAGUAUGAAGUAAUUCUGAAGACGUCACUUUUACAGGUUCUUGGGCAAAUAAUAAGGUUCCAUGCUGGCGCUCUUCCUGUCUAUGUUGUUUCUAAUAUUCUUCUUACUUAUGGAGGACAAUUGAGCACGCUGAUAUCAACAGGCCAGUGUUCUGACUUUUCCCUUGAACUAGUUAGGACAGCUAAACCCUACAAAGUAGAACCUCUUAUAAGCAUUGUUGUGUUUCUGCCGGGGUUUAAUUGGUUUAGAGAGAUAUGGGAAUCGCUGUCACUACCAGAAGUGGAUGCUGCUGUGCUGAGUAGUCAGGAUGCAUCAUUCACCCUUGUGUCCCUGAUUCUAUUUCUUUUUGGGACUGGCAUUGCCUACUGGAGUGCAGUAUUUUUCUCUACAUCUCUGAGACUCUUCUCUUCCUUAUGGUUAACUCUGAUUAGACCUACUGUACUUCAAAAAGAUAAGUUGAUUACACCCAGAAGACUCUGCGGGAUGUUAUCCCUUGCUUUGGUUAGCUGGACCACUUGCGGUGCAUUUGCUGUAUUCAUUAUUUAUCUUCAAUACUUGUUUAAGGUCAUAAAACUGCAUGUGAAUGUGAGAGCAGAACAAAACAUGCUCCAUGGGGAUUCAGACCACUCAAAAGAAACUUCACAGAACUCCAGUAUACACACAGCCAAAAACCAGAGUUCGAUGGACAGUAUUUCAGAAGCAACACAAUCUCUUUCCAGCAGUACAACAAUUGCUGAAGCCAUUAACAGUCUUAAGAUGCAUAUUACAAUUUUCAACUUAUUCACAUGGAUUGUACUGCUCAGCUUGCCAUCCUUGAUUUAUUGGUUUAAAAAUCUCAGGUACAAUGUUAGACUUGAUCCUGAUCCAUGUAGAUCUACAGCUAUUAUCAUCAUAUGCAUUUUAGAAAUUCUCAUGAAUUCAAGUACUUCUGAAGUGAAAUCAAGUAAACUCUUGAAGAUCGCAGCCAAAGUUCCACUCCCUCUGUCUGUUGCAAUGUUGGUCUUUGGACGAAUGCAUUUAUACAAAGUACCGCAAUUUGUAACCUUUUCUCUUCUUCUACAUGUGCUGUGUUGUAUUGUGUAA